AACGAAAAACUAAAGAAAUUUUCCAAUUAAAAUCGAGCAACUUCCCGAAAGUCGAAUCAAAUAUACAUAUAGGCUAAGGCUAAAGCGCAGAUUUUGCAAUUAAAAUUCAAAACGAAAUUCUAACCGGUCUUAGAGUUUAGAGUCGAGGUUGUUAACAAAGUUAGGCAAACAAAAUGCGUCAAAAGGAUCUGCGCCCAGCACCUGCCCUUAUCGAAUAUAAGGGCAUGAAGUUCCUAAUCACCGAUCGACCAUCAGACAUAACAAUUAAUCAUUACAUUAUGGAGCUUAAAAAGAACAAUGUUAACACUGUGGUCCGCGUCUGUGAGCCGAGCUACAAUACGGACGAGCUGGAGGCUCAGGCCAUAACGGUUAAGGAUCUGGCCUUUGACGAUGGCACCUUUCCGCCGCAACAGGUCGUUGACGAGUGGUUUGAGAUCCUAAAGGAUAAACACAUACCAAAAACAGCUCCAAUGACAGCAACCACAACCACAACAACAACAACAGCAACAAGAAAAAGCGCUAGCCGAGCCAGUCUCUCGGUAGCAGCAGUAACAGCAGCAGCAGCGUCAACAGAUUAUGAUAGAGAUACCAUGCCCCUAACAGCCAAUGAAAAUCCGCAAAGCGAAACUGCAGUUAGUUUUCAAAAUACUACUACUCCUACUACUACUUCCACUACUACUACUACUACUUCUACUACUACUACUACUAGUACUGAUAAUGAGACUUGUCGGUAAGCGUUUUGCCUCCUC